AUGGAAAGACCCCCCACCGCCGUCUCAGAAAUGCUCCAGCGAGCCAAUCACUAUGUCGCGGCAGAGGCUUGGAUGUCCGGGAGACGCGAGGAGAAUAAAAGACCCCGGGCGGAACCAUCGAUCGGGCAGCUACCCGGUCUGCUGAAACGCAGAUCGGACCGAUCUGAUUCGACCAUACGAAGGUCGCCCUCUCCUGUUUUGGGAACAUCCUGGACUCAGAUAUUCCUCCAGAUAAAGGGGAAGGGGCUGCUCCAAACCCCCACCCCGAUGAGGAACCCUCGGGAGCUCGCAGACAAAACGAGAUAUUGCCGCUUCCAUCGACAGAACGGGCAUGAUACGGAAGAGUGUCGUGAGCUGAAGCGACAGAUCGAAGAAUUGAUUCGAAGGGGGCAUCUCGGCCACUACCUACGACAAAAUAAGGAGCUUUCCCCGCAGCCCGAGGGCCCUGUCAAAAGACAGAUUGAUGUGAUCACGGGCAGCCCAGCGUCUAGGGGAAACAACAUGACUAGGCGAAAAGCGUACGCCUGCGCCCCAACACUCGAGGACCCCGUACACGAUCCCGCACCCGAGGUCACGUUUCCAGCUGAGAGAGCCGAACCGCCCGAACACGAUGACGCAUUGGUGGUGUCUGCCAGAAUCACCAACGCCCAAGUGAAAAGGAUCAUGGUCGACACGGGGAGCUCGGCCGACAUCCUCUAUUUGGACGUAUUCCAGAAGCUCGGGCUCUCCCGUGACGCCCUGGUGCCCAUGAACUCGGCGCUCACCUGA